AUGGACUCCGCCCAGAAACAAACCUUGGCCCCUCCCGCCGUCACCGCCCUGAAGCUCGAGGCCACCAGUGCCCCCCGUGCCCGUCAGCCCAUGGAGAGGUCCGUUAGCCAAAGCAUUCGCGACGAAAUGGAGGAUCUCAAAGAAGCCGCCGAGCAGGCCCUCAAUGUCCUUUUGGACCUGAACAUGGACAGCACCAUACGCUCCGUCAGCCCGUCAUGGCGAGAGGUUGUCGGAACCGACCCCGACUCGGUCGUGGGAAAGCCAAUCGCAGACUAUCUUGUGGGAAACAAGCGCGCCUUUGCCGACGCUGUCGAUAACAUGAAGCAAGACGAUGCUCGGAGCCGUCUCAUUCGUUUCUGUAUGCACAUGGGCCCGGCUUCCAGAUUGAAACCAAAGCGCGAGGCGCAGUCGGCCGAAGAGCCUGCUGAAGAGCGCCCUGAAGAGUCGGACCAAAUUUUGAACCUGGAAGCCCAGGGCAUCAUGUCCUAUAACCCAACAUCAGGAAACGACUGUCACACCAUGUGGAUGAUAAAGCCUUCAGUGGUUCGCGAAGUCACAAUUGACUUGCCAGGAAUACUUGUCGAAUCUCUUGGAGUUGGUGCAGAAGUGCUCGCAUGCUAUCUAACCGAACUUGCAGAAGCUGGAGCGGAUGAUCCUGCGACGCAUCCACCCCCGCCCGCCGUCCUCUGCCGCAUUUGUGAACGUCAUAUCAACCCGUGGUGGUUCGAGAAGCACACCGAUCUUUGCCUGCAGGAGCAUCGGGCGGAGAUGGAAGUGCAAAUGGCACAGGAAAACCUCAGCGACCACCGCAAUGCCAUUGUCAAAGUCUUGGAUGCCCUAGAAGCCAGCUCGCAACGCACGUCCCGGCCACUGUCCGCAGACAUGAAUUCUCCUGCCCCUCCGACGCCGGAAUACAAGGGGCUCCCUAUCUCUCCUGCGUCGACCCCUUCUUCUGGACUUUCUUCGGGAAGAGCUUCACCUGCAUCGCCGCCCUCCCGUUCACGCGACCGUUCUUCCGGAGUCGGGCACCGUCGGGCACGAUCUUUUGCAAUACGGCGGCCUGUGUCGAGGAUUGUGGAGCUGGUCUUGGAUCUGUGCGAUACUGCCUUGGAAAUUAACACGCCGGCAAUUAAAGACAACCGAGGUCAGCUGACGACCGAGCUGAGGACCCAAUCUCCGCAAUCCGAAAAUCGUAUCUCCCAAGUGAUGCAGUGGCAAUCCCCCAGUAUUGGCAUCAAUGAAGGAGAGCAGGGUCUGUUUCAGUUGUGUGAGGAUACGGCAAAGUACUCCAAGGCAAAGGUCGAUGCCAUUUUCCGGUAUCGCAGGAUUCUCGAGUACUCGGAGCGCAUUCGUGGCGAGUUCGAGAUCCUUGUGCAAGAAUGCAUCGAGGCCGCCAUUUCCAAGGCCCAGAGCAUUGCUCGGGGUGAGUUGAGCGAUUCGGGCGAAAGUACGGCUAGCCAAACCGAUGACAAUACUUUCGAGGGUGAAACGCCAGAUGCUCAACCAGAAGAGGGCCUUUUCCCUUGUUCCCUAGAAAAUCCCUCGUCUUUGACAGCAGCUAUGCGCAAUUCUAGCGACUCUUCCCAUCUUCACAUGGGUCGUCGACCCUCGUCGGCCGCAACUUCUACGAGAUCAAGCAGUCCUCGGGGUAGUCAGACACCACGGUCACACGGAGGCGCCAUUAGCAUAGUGUCCCACAGCAAACGUGCGUCUAUGCAUUUUGAGAGCGACACAGGAGCCGACAGUGACAGCAGUAUGCGGUCAUCUGUCAUGUCUGGACCACGGAGAGCCGAGUCUCCCAGUUCCGAAAUGGGCCUUAAAAGAGUAACGAGUUCCCGUGAACGCAAGCGCCGGAGUCUCAUUCUCCCAAGUGUCAUGCAAAACAGCAGGCAACAGUCUCCAGCGAGACAACAUCCACAGCCACCUUCCUCACCUUUAAGGAUGUCAAAAGGCCAAGGUAGAGGGCCAGGUGGCUCGGAUGCUAUUCACUCACCCAUCACUUCUCCAAUCUUGUCGACAAGCGAGUUUUCGUCUCCAGCACUCACAGCGCAGCAUGUGCACCAUCACCGACGACAAUCGUCCACAGCUGGUUCUGAUGUACUUCGCCCGCCGGUGUCGCCGCGUUUAAUUCCCAGUAGCAAUCCGCAGCCCAGGGCUGUGCCGCCCUCGAUCAAGGACUUCGAGAUCAUCAAGCCGAUCAGCAAAGGUGCUUUCGGCAGUGUGUACCUGUCCAAGAAGAAGUCCACAGGUGACUACUUUGCUAUCAAAGUUCUCAAGAAGGCAGACAUGAUUGCAAAGAACCAAGUCACCAAUGUCAAAGCAGAGAGAGCGAUCAUGAUGUGGCAAGGAGAGAGUGAUUUCGUCGCCAAGCUCUACUGGACAUUUUCCAGCAAAGACUAUCUCUAUCUCGUCAUGGAAUACCUAAAUGGUGGAGAUUGUGCUUCGCUCAUCAAGGUUCUUGGUGCGUUGCCUGAAGACUGGGCCAAGAAAUAUCUCGCGGAGGUGGUGCUUGGUGUGGAGCAUCUGCAUAGUCGGGGGAUUGUUCACCGUGAUCUCAAGCCGGACAACCUCCUCAUCGAUCAAAAAGGUCAUCUGAAAUUGACAGACUUUGGUUUGUCGCGCAUGGGAUUGAUCGGUCGUCAGAAGAGAGCCUUGAACAGCAAAGCUGACGAAGUAGCCCCGGAUCUUCUCAAGCAGGGCCCUUUCCACAGAGCGCUAUCGGUUACAUCAUCUCGAUCGGCUUCAUUUGAUGCCCAAGGAAGUCAUUCCCCACAGAACACCCCCGCCUUGACCCCUGCUCUCAGCGGCGAUCUGGGCCAGCCAUCAUACUUCAGCUUGUCUCUUACUCAGGAACCAAGACGGGCCUCUGGCCAAAGGAGCGAUAGCGGAGACAGUGAAGCACUGAAUGCGCUGUUCCGCAGGUUUUCGAUUGUUGACGAUCACCCGACCAAUCAACGCCGAAUCGAGGAAGAGGUUUACAUGAGCGAAGACGGCGGCGGCGGUUCUCCGGACCCAUACACCCUUCAGCCCACCAUCAGUCACCAGAGUGCUGUGUUGAACACCCCACCGCCUAGUUCAACAAUGAUGCCUCCGCCCAUGGCUCUUUUUGAUCCAGAGGACAGUAAUCGUCGUUUUGUCGGUACUCCAGACUAUCUGGCACCCGAGACGAUCAAUGGCAGUGGCCAAGACGAAGUCAGUGACUGGUGGUCUCUUGGUUGUAUACUUUUCGAGUGUCUUUAUGGAUAUCCUCCCUUCCAUGCUGAGACGCCAGAUGAAGUGUUCCAGAAUAUUCUCGAACGGAAAAUCGACUGGCCACCUGAGGAUGAGUACGAAGUGUCUGACGAGGCCAAGGACCUCAUGAACCGCCUGAUGUCCACCGAUCCGCGGAAGCGGCUUGGUGCCAACAUCGAGGACAAUUUUGUCAGUGGUGGCGAGGAGAUUCGUAAGCACCCAUGGUUUGCUGAUAUGAACUGGGACUCUCUCCGUGACGAUGAGGCUUCGUUUGUACCUGCCUCUGAAAACCCGGAAGAUACGGAAUAUUUUGACGCAAGAGGUGCGACGAUGCAAAAUUUCGCUGCGGAAUUUGAGGACCAGAACGUCUCAUCCACUGGUACUCCCGGCGCGGAUUACCCGGACAGGCCCCACGAUGCUCUGUCGCGCGUCCGAUCUCAGGUGCAAGUUAAUUCUGUGAAGAGAAGUUUGAUGCCGUUGCAUAUUCCGCCUCAUGUACGCGAAGGCAGGACUAGACGGCUAAGUGAACCUAUGGCCACUGACGACUUCGGAGCAUUUGCUUUUAAGAAUCUGCCAGUACUGGAAAAGGCCAACAAAGACGUUAUCCAAAAGCUUCGUGCCGAAGCUAUGCAGGCGCAAAGCAAACCUCCUUCAACAGUCACGUCUCCUUCGGUGACCUCGCCAUCACCUUCUCUUGACUCAAGUCCUAUGGGGCAUGUUCCACUGAAGAGGACACAGUCAUCAGCAAGUAAAGGGAACGGCAGACCAUCAUCACCUUCAGUUAGCCAAGUCAGCUCUUCUCCUAGCCGAGCCUCGCAGCCAUCUUCGCCGCUUCUGGUGUCGUUCAGUACAGGCCAAAACCAUGAACGGAGGAAAACUUCAAGCGGUGCUUCGUCGCUCUCGCACCAACCACCCACUGCUGGUGGCUCCUCUCUGCAGCCUGGCAGUUUCUUUGACGCGCCUAGAAUGGCAAACAACGCGAAACUCCCUGGCACUUCCCCGAUGAAGCAACCCAAAACACCGGGUGCCACCGUUCCACCGGAAAAAGCUAGUGCUGCUGCUCAUCAGCGGCAGAACAGCUUCCCUCGUACUCGUUCUCAAACCAUCGGAUCGCAAGACGAAGAACCCACUAGUGCAGCAUCGCACCACAAACGAAGGAGCCAGGUCUUCACUGUGUCGCCAUCUUCUUCCGACAACGAAGAUUCGAAACAGAAAGAGGCUCUCCUUCGAGUACAUAGGCGAAGGCAAAGCACGCGUAGGAUGUCUCAUGUUGCUAUAGAUGGACCGGUCUUCAGGCCUUUGGACUGUCUUAUCUGCGAGGAUCACCCAGUUUCCCGUUUGGUCAUGGAAAAGCUGCUCGAAAAGUUACGUUGUCGUACGAUUUGCGUCCGGACUGGCCCAGAAGCAAUCCGUUAUGCCAUGAGCGAGGUCAAAUUCGACAUCAUAAUGAUGGAAUAUAGACUUCCACAGGUCAACGGCGCCGAUGUUGCCCGCAUGAUUCGGGAGACUAAGAAUCCCAAUAGCAACACUCCGAUAGUUGCCGUAACAGGCUACCUCAAGGAGCUCUCGGCACCACAUCACUUCGAUGCUCUUAUUGAGAAACCACCGACGAUUGCCAAACUCACUGAGGUGCUUGGGAGACUAUGCCAAUGGAGACCGCCACCCCCAAACUGGACACCAGCACAAUUGCCCCCACUUGUCCCUUCCAACCUUCGCCAGGAGUCUAGUCGGUUGGAAGACAGCCCUACAUCCAACUCGUCCGGCUUCGCUCAGCUGCCGCCUGGAAGCUACCGUGGCUCGAGCCGUGAAGAUUCCAUAAGCUCAAGUUUCUUCGGAGAGAACGACGGCCGUGGCGAUGAUGUUCCAGUGGUCAUCAGCAAGCAAGGUACAGAAGAAUGGAAAGAACGUGAUCUGGCUCGUGAAAUUGGUGGAUUGGGCAUAGCAGAGGAACAGGCUGCAGCCCUAGAAGAUCAGAAAAAGCUCCUUCACCCAAUGCCAGCCCCUCUACCUCUCCGUCACGAGACCUCCGCUCCGGCCGCUAUGGAACAUCCGGCACCCCGCAAGCAGCGCUCCUCAGAACAAAUUACAGCUAAGCGACAUUCGCUUGAAAAGAUGAAACACGAGUCAGCGGAGUCCGGAGACGACGAGGACGAGGAACUCGGCAAUUCGCCCUCGCGCGACCGUAGCCCUGGUGCUCGUAGCCCCAAGGGUAGGGCGCGUGGUUCAUCUAAACUCGGCGUCGAAAUGAUGCGUACGAACAGCCAUGGUAGUGUCAUCUCCGUCGAAGAGAUGGUGAUUGCUGACGCCCUGGUUUCAACUCCACCUGCGGCUAUCGAAGAGAAUCCAUUGGGUGAACACUCAGAGACUGCCCGGACACCUGCAAACAAAGAGGCAGAAACCGUUCAAGACAAAAUCACUUCCCUCACUCCGCCAGAAAUUCUACCCCAGCGGCCAGGUGACACGGUCAAAGAGAUUGACGUCGACACUGAGGCAACUCCGAAAGCUUCACACUCCGACGUUCAUGAUCCAGACCCGACCCCUCGUGCUUCGACAAGCCCAUCGAGAAAGGGACACACAUCAUCACCUUAG